AUGGAUCAACAUGAGAGGCCCGUAUAUCGCGCACGUGUGCCAUACGGUGUGGAUAUCAUAGUGGAUGACUUAUACCUCCCCACACCCGGAAGAUGUGGGACCAAGGAGCUGUCACGUAAACUUGAGAGUGAUGGUUGGCCAACAGACAUGCUGUUUAUCAAUCAAGCCUACCUUGAUGCUAUCUCAGCGGAGGCCAAAAGCAAUGGCCUGUCAUGGGAAGAAUGGCUCGAAAGAAGGGCGUCGGUGCGCUGCAUUCCGAGGCUGAAAGAUCGCCACACUGAUAAGCUUUCAAACCUGUUCCAGAACCUUGCAAUCAAUCAUCCGCUUACGCUGCUUGACAUUCUGAAAACCUACUGGCAUGACUACCAAGGGCAAAUCACACCUCAGAUUAUCGAAACCGUUAGAAAUAUAGAGGUUCCAUGCCAAAACACCGACACAUGGUAUCCUCUGAAAGAAACUUACUUUCCCUCCACGGAAUUGAAUAAUAUAUGCUCGCGGGCAUCCAUUACGGACUCGUUCAACCUUUUCAUAGAACCACUUCCUGAGUGGGCCACUGAGACCAUCGAUGGAUGGGAAUUUCUCGCCGAAUUCGAGGUUGGCCUGAGUCCUGAUAUAAUUUUCAUGGAGCAGGUGCUCCAUUCCCUCAAAGAGAAAGCUCCACUGGAUACGGCACGGGAUGGUUUCUUCGCGAUGUACCGAGAGCUCUCAAUCCGAUUCUUCGACGAAGAUCCAAGCGAAGUGCGUAAUCUCUUCUGCAAUUCGGAAGCAGUUUAUAUUCCAGCCACACAAACAAGGCCUGCGCGAAUAACAUCAUAUCGGCAGUGCGUCUGGAGAGGAAAUCACUGUCUGCGCAACAAGUAUCCCCUUGCAAUGCAUCAAGAAUAUUCAGAUAACCCAAAUGUGGUGCAUUUGUUCAAGAACAUGCUUUGUGUUGCUGACGCAUCCAUCACGACAUAUCUUGAAGAGCUUCAAUAUCGCAAGAAAUUCCCGGAUGUGCUGUUGGAAGAUCUGUAUUCCAUAUAUGGUGAACUUUCAGAAGAGCUACUAGAAGGAGGCGCUCUUACAACUUAUGCAUGCGAUAUGUUCCACAAGGAGAAAUUGAUCUACAUACCGACACAGCGGUCAUGGGUUUCACCAGACCAGUGUAUUUGGGCUGCGGCUUCGAAAAUCGGUGGACAAUUUGGAAUCAGCACUAUGUACUCUAGGUUUGAAGGGCUUCUCCGAGGUGUCCUUAACAUACAGAUUCCCACCAUCACGACUUAUAUCAACCAACUUCGGAUUCUUGUGUCAGAUCAACCCAACGAUAUCACUGCCAUCAAAGCUUCUAUCCACAGUAUGGGCCAGCUCCGACCGUCCGCUGAAGAUCUGCAUGGGGUUCGAGAACUGAGAUUCUUACCCAUUGAAAGGGCUGAUGGAAGUAAAAUGCUUGCGAAGCUAACUGAUGCAUUCUUUAUCGCUGACCGGAUCGAGUAUCAAGCCGCGUUCCAUGGCAAGGUUUCCAUGUUAAACUUUUCUUUAGAGGAAGUUUUCAGACUGCGUCGACUAUUCGAGGCGCUGUCUUUGGGGAACCAUUACAUGUCAGUUGCUGUGCAGGAGAGAACGAUCGUACGGUUUCCCGCACCUGAACCAUCCUCAAGCCUGACCCACACAUUCCGAAAAAAGGCCCGGCAUCUGUAUCGGUGUGCUGUACAUUACGAUGCAGGUAGACUUCAAAGCGACGGUGCAAGUAUCCGGAGACGCCUGCAACAUAUUAUUAUACAUGAAAGUCACGGUUUCAUGAAAACAGUCAUACUGUCGCACAAUGGCCUUCGAAUCAAUGCAGAGACCGAUAAAGGAUUGGUUCAUAUUGAUCAUAGCAAUAAUAAGCUUAGGAUCUACGUUCCUCGGGAUCCGCAGCAAAGACAACGGUGCUACUCAACACAGCUACCCGAGGCACUAGUUUCCUUUUUGGAGAUUGAGGAUAGGACAGCAACCGAGGUCUUUCGAUUGCUUUGUCUCCUGCAUGAAGAUGUUAUUGAGAACGUGCUAGACGACAACGGAAUUAGCAGAAUCUCAUAUGCGGAUACCGAUGACCCUGACACUGAUUUUCCAACAGAGGCGACUCAAGAAAGUAGUUUCGGAGAUACUUUUGAUGUUUAUGGCACUUCAUCCGACGAUGAGAGUCGAUCUUCUGAGACAGAAUUCACGCAAGGAUCAAUGGCUAGCCCAGACACGGCGACUCGUAAUGCGUCCUCUACAGUGCAACGCCCAGAAUAUGAACCAGAAUAUUCUUUGUCGACACAUCAACAAGCAUCUUCUUUCCCGAGACCUGUUCCGACUAACUUUGUUGAGCCAUCUUCAGAUACGACCUCUGUGCCUACGUCCUACAGCCCACAAUAUGUUCGAUUAUUGGACCAUGUCAUCAUGCUGGCACGUCAGGCAGCUUUCCCUCGGAACUCGGAUAGUACCUCCACUACCGCUUGUGCUAGUGGAAACUCUAUCCAAGGUCUCGCAUCAAGAUCAAGCAUUCCUUCAGAGAGCCAAUUAGCACAUGAUAUCAAGAUAGGGGCUGCAGGAGAGCUAUAUGCAUUCGAGCUCCUUUCGCAGCAAAGCCUACCGGGCUUCACCCGCCAAAAUUGGCAAAGCAAUGUGCGCAAAAUGGUUAACGUUCAUCCCGAAUAUCUUGAUCUUGAACCAUGGAGUGGGCUUGAAACAGCGGAUCUAGUCUACAACGACAUAGAUUCAGUGCUCACUAAAAUACUUAUCAAUGCCGGAUAUCUGUCACAGAUAGACUGGGAGGGAGCCACCCCAACAUACUUUAUCGAAGUCAAGACGACCGCCGGGACAUGUGGGACUCCAUUCUAUAUGAAUAGAAGCCAAUACGUACGGAUGCAGUCAAUGAAAAUUGGAAAUCAUGAGCCAGCAAAUGCCAAAAUUUACCUGAUCUUCCGAGUAUAUAGUCUUGGGAGCGACGGUACAGCGAUGGAGAUCUAUCUUGACCCGGAGACAUUGAGGGAAGUGGGCAUGCUUCGUUUCACACCUGCGUCAUAUAGCGUUUCUCCCAGAGUAGACUACUAG